AUGAUGUGGGAAUCAGAGGACAUAUCACCUACAAAUACGGCUGGUUAUAAUUCUCUACUAUCAUUUUAUGAAUAUCCACCACAUAAACCAUUUAUCAAUUCAGUUUAUCAACCAUUAAGACCAUCGCACACAUUGUCAAAAACCGUUACUUUACCUGAAUCUAAUCGUGAUCAAUUAUUAUCAGGACUACAAUCUUUGUCAUUGAGGAUAAAAACGCUUGAAAAUGAACGAGAGAGAGCUGAGUCAAAUUUGCGUGAAAUAGCAGAUAAUAUUCAAUGGUCUUCAACUUCUCGUGGUGAUUCAUUACGAACGUUAGAUAAACAACUUAAAGAAGCUGAACAAAAUUUUCAUCGUCUACAUGAUCAACAUAAUGGCAUUCUUGAUAUGAUGAAUGAAUGUCGACCUCGAAAAAAACGAUCGAAAUGUAAAAUCAAACGAUCAUCUCCAGAUAGUAAUAGCUUCGAAACAGGAACAACAGCAAAUUCUGAAGGACGACAUUUUCAUUUAAAUAUAAAUACAGUACCAUUUAUUCUUGGUGGAUCAACAGCACCAAGUCAUAAUGUUAAAUCAAAUGUACAGAAUGUUAUUGCUCUUUUAAAAAACCAUAAUCAUCAAUUAUGUUUAUCAUCUAAAGAAUAUUCAGAACUGCUUAAUUCAAAUCAAAAAAGUGAUUUAUCUUCACCAUCAUCGUUUUAUCCUGAUCAUGUUAAUAAAUCAUUACCAAGACGUCCAUUAUCAGCAUCCCCGGUUCGUUCGAUGCGUCGUCCAAUAACAGCGUCAACUAAAAGAUCAUGUUCAGCUUCUCGUCGAUCACAAACUGCAACUAUUUCUGAUAAACAUUGCCAUUCACGUAUGAAACAUCUUCGUCAAGAAUUCGCUACACUUGCUCGUGAACAUAAACGAUUAAAUACGUCACGAAAAAAUGCCAGAGAAUUAGAAAUCAUAAAUCGACGAAUGGAAAUUAUUCUUGAUCAAUUAGAAUGUUUACAAAAGCAAUUAAAAGUUUCGUCAAGGAAAUCCUCGACGAGAGCUCAACAAGAAGCAGAGAAAACGGAAACACCAUUAGAAAUAUUGAGAAAAACAAGAAUAAUUCAAACGAUUCUCAAAGAUCAAACAAAUCAACAACAAUAUCGAGGACGUUCUUAUCGAGCAAGACCAAAUUCAAACGACUAA